CGCACGAUGUUCUGUAAUGCGUGUUUUUAGCUAUUAGAUUGUUUCAUUGUGAUUUUUACUGUGAAAGAAUUUCUCUUGAUAUUGUUGGAUUACAAAAUCAUCCUCGUAGGAUUGUUUGAAACUUUAAUAACAAACAAUAUUUGAAAAGUUUAUACAUUUUUUAAUAAUAUAUUACUCUUCUGGAAUAGAUCGUCUAAGAUCGCCAAAGUUACAAUCGAGGAUUGUUAAGCUACUACUGCCAAGUGUACGACGCCCAUCAAACUGACACACUGAAACAAGAAGAAUCCGAGUAUCAUCAAUUGUGUCUCGUAUCAUCGUCACCACUUCUAAAAUGGUCGACAGUUGUUACGUUUCGCCGAAUGACAACUUUAUUUGUGGUGUUGUUGAAGGAUUUUAUGGAAGACCAUGGACUACUGAACAACGAAAAGAUUUAUUUCAAAAGUGAGUAGUUUUCCAAGCUGUUUUGUUAUAAUUUGCUUUGCAAGCUAAUUGUGUUUACCUUUAUCUUAUCUAGUAUAAGUAGGUCUAUCAUAAUUCCUUUUUUAGAAUUAUUUUUUAUUAAGAAAUACGUAUUAAGAUCAUUUCUUAUAAAUAACAUAUUCCUCUUGGACAAAAAAAUCACUAAACUAAAGUCUGUUCAAUUAUUAAUUAUAUAAUAAUUUUUUAUUGUAUUAAUUACACUUUAUUAUAAUAUAAACUAUUAAAGAAGAUUCUUGAACAUUUUUAAUUUGAAGUAAUUAAAUAAUCUAUUUUUUCACCAUAAUGGCUGUAGUUAAUAUGAAUAGUUUAAUGAAUGGAAAAGAUUCUAGAUGGCUACAACUUGAAGUAUGCCGUGAAUUUCAACGUAACAAGUGUUCUCGUAGUGAUACUGAAUGUAAAUUUGCACAUCCAGCAGCUAAUGUAGAUGUGCAGAAUGGAAAAGUUACAGCCUGCUAUGAUAGUAUCAAAGGAAGAUGUAACCGAACCAAACCUCCUUGUAAAUACUUCCAUCCUCCUCAACAUUUAAAAGAUCAACUUUUAAUAAAUGGUCGAAAUCACCUUGCUCUUAAAAAUGCUUUGGUACAACAAAUGGGACUAGUAGCCAACCAACCAAUAGUUCCUGGACAAGUUACUACUCCUUUACCAAAUCCAGCUUAUUUAGCUCAGUUACCUAGUGCUCAACUUGGUAGUACUUUCAAUCCUUAUUUUAACCAUUCUAACCCUCUGGUUAAUCCAUUGACUCAAUUUUUUGCUCCCAAUCCAAAUAAUUUAACGAUGGCUGCAGCUAUGCAACAGACUGUUUUACCUCAAAAUUUACAAGCCCCUGAACGUUUAGACAUGGAUUUUAGUAAAUUAUCACCCUUUUACUUUGAAAAUUUAACUCUGCCUGGAUUAAUGUCAUUCAAAAGACCAUCUGUUGAUAAAGCAGGAUUACCAAUGUUUCAACCCAGUGCAGCUGCUGCAUAUCAGCAAUUAUUCCAAUUUGUUCCGCCUCAAACUGAGUAUCCACCUACUUCAACAGCUACUACAUUAUCAGCUCUACCUAAAACACAACCUCAAACUGUAGCUCAACCACAACCUCAACAGCAAACUCAACCAUCUAUUGCUCCUCAAAAAUCACAAACUCCUGAACUUCCAACGACUACCCAAGCUCAAUUGCAAUCACAACAAUUGGCUGCUUUUCAUCAGUUAUUAGCCAUGUCCCCUCAGCAGCAGCAACAACUUCAACAACAGCAAUCUCUACAGCAACAGCAACAAGUUCAGUUGGCUCAAGCCCAAAGUCAGGCUCAAGCUCAUUUAGCUCAAUCCCAGGCUCAAGUGCAAAGUCAAAUGCAAGAUCCUGCUCAGCAAGCACAUAUGCAACAACAAGCAUUCGCAGCAGUUUUUAAUCAGUUAAUAGCUAUGCGUCCUCCUCCUCCUCCAUUGGCAACAUUUCAAGCUCCACAAUUAGCACCAAACCCAAAUUUGAUGACAUCACCAUCUAUGAAACAAUUUAUAGCUGCACAAAUACAACAUCACAUACAUAAUAGCAAUAUUAAUGGAAAUAUAAAUGCUGCUGCUUUAAAUGGAAAUAUUAACAGUAAAAAUGAUGAUGAAGUACAACAACCUUUUAAAAAAAUGAAAACUGCUUGACAGUUUUGGGUUUAUAGUUUCUCUAGAGAUGGUGUACAUUAUCAAUUUUUGCUUUUUAUUUGUUUAAUAUCCAUUAAUUUUUAACUAUUGUUCCAGAUCAUAAUAAUCACUUUAUUUUUGUGUAGUAGUUUUUAUGAAACUAAUUUUUAAUUUAUUUUUAACGACAGUCUUCACAAUUUUGAAUUAUUUAUAAUAAUCUUCUUUGAGCCAUUUUAUAGACUAUGUGUUUUUAACAAUUAUUUUUGCAUUAUAUAAUAACAUUUAAGUUGUAUUGCAUAUAAAAUUAUUAAUCAAGCUUUAGUCAGUUAUUAUUAUUUUAUAUCAUCAAUAUUAUUGUUUAUCAGUUUGAUAUAUUAUUGUAAUUCAUUAUUAUUUAUCUAUUGUAUCAUAUAGUUCCUUCGCAAGUGCUUAUUAGUCUUUGUAAUUAUUACUUAUGACUACUAUUUCUGCAUCGACAUAGUUUAGUGAUUUGAGUCCAUUAUUAUUUUUCUCGCAUUUGCUAUCAAGGCAAAUUUAAUUUUAUAUAAUUAAAUGGUUUUAUGAAAAGCUUAUUAUGUAAACUUAAAAAAUACUAUUUUUGAAGAUUUGUAGAACAUUGAUGUUCUAGUUAUUUUUUUACCAAUGUUUUAAAAAUAUAUUUGUUAACAGUCUAUUUUUAAAAUUAAAGUAACUUUAAGAAUGUUUUAAUGUCUUACAAGCUGUUAUAUAGAAUUUAUAAAUUUGUAAUUUAAGAUCAUUUUUUAAUUGUGAUAACAGGUAUUGCCUACAUCAAUGUAAUUUAUAUUUAAACUCAACUACCUCUUUUUUAUAAUUUAAAUGAUUGUCAUUCCAAAAUUUAAUCCUUAAUGUAAUCUAUAGCAAUUACAAUGUUUCUAAUAUUUUUCAUACUUAUUGUGCAUGUGCAAUAAAAAAAAACACUGCUCAGCCAAUAUAAUGCCCACCAAGCUUCCUUUUUUCAUGAAAACCUUGUGUUUUUUUUUAUUAUUAUUUAAACAUACUAACUAUACUGUAAUAUGAACACUGAAAAUUUGUGGGAUUGGAGUUCAGCUUGUGUGGAAAUACUUUAGUUAAAAUAGAACUUACUGUUAAAUAAUAAGACUACAAAGCUUACACUAGCCAUUAUUCAUCUUGGUUAUUGGCAAUUUACAAAGAUAUAAAUAAUUUUAUCUAGGCCUAUAUGUAUGUUGCAAUUACUUAUGGUAGAUUUAAGGCUAUUUUUCUAUAGUUAAAUGCUUUAAAAACAUAUUGUGAAUAAAGUAGCUUGUACUUAAUAAAGGUGGCAUACCUAAGCUAGA